GUUCCAAUUCCAUACCGUUUGCCUGCUUGGUGCCUUAUUGGCGCUGAACAGUUUUGUUGUAUUGAUUGUGUGACGAAUAAAGUCAUAUUGUUUAUUUGUUUGUUUUGUAAUUAUAAUUUUCUGUUAAUAUAAAAUGCAUAUACAUCGAGUUUGUUAAAAACAAAAGUUAUUAAAAAAUGGUUAGCUGUAUCUUAUGCUUGUCCGAACAAGCGCCCGACUAUAUACAAAUUUUCUCAAACAAGGGUGUAAGUUUAGACGUCUGUGGCAUUGUUUCUAAACAUUUCUGGAUUAAGCCCAAAAAAACUUAUACCACUGAACAAGAACAAAUAUGUGUAACGUGCUGGGCAGAAUUGGAGCAAUUUCAUCGUUUUUACAAGCGCGUUGCUGAAGCUCAUAAUUGGUGUGAGAGCAAAAGCGAAUUUUUACCAGUUGGCUUGGAAAAUGACCCUUUGCCACAGGAAGUAAUAUUCAAAUCGGAAGACUUAGCAAGUGCUGGGCAAUUAGUAGAAGCUUUGGGAGACAGUUUCUUUGACUCGGAAGUUAAAGUUGAAGUGCAUGAUUUGGAACUCUUACCACAAAUUGAAAUCAUAGAAGAAGUUGCGCAAGUAAGUCUUCGUGCGCAACGUGCUAGUAGACGUAAUCGCCUUUUGAUGGAAAAUAGUUCUGAUAACUCCAACUUGUCUCCGAUUCCUAAACGAAUUAAAAAAGAAAAUUGUGUUACAUUAAGUGAAUUUAAUGAUAUAACAGACGUAGAACCCAAAGUAGAAACAGCAAAUGAGUUGAAUAUUAAGACUGAUACUGUCUCAGAAUUAAGUACAAGUAUUGACAACGAAGCAACAACGGAUAAAAAAAUUACAAAUUUAGAAGAAACUCCAAAGAAACGAAGAGGGCGGCCUAAAAAAUUAAAGGAGGAAACUCCAAAACGAAGUCCAAAACAACGAAUUAACGUAAGCAUUGAGAAUUCAGCUAUUAAAAUUGAGUUACCAGCUAGUGAGAGCGAUGGAGAUGAUACGACAUAUGCAAAUCUUACUUCAAAUUUCGAUUCAGGCACUGACGAUACUUCCAGUUCAUCAAGUGAUAAUGCUUCGGAAAAAAGUUUACCAGACAUCGAACCGCAAGAACGUUAUGCAGAAAUUCCUAAACGUAUCGUGGUAAAACCUAAAAAAUACAGAAAAAGAGAAAAACCUUUGGUUCCACCAAAACGUAUGACGCGAGAAGAGAUUGAACGCAAAAAUCAACAACAGGCAGAAUACGAUAAGAUUAUAGCGCAAUUCUUUAUGAAAUAUUCAUGUCCCAAAUGCAAUUUGUUAGUACAAAAUUUUGGUGAUAUGAAGAAACAUUUUCGUGCUUCUCACAAUGAUGAACCUGGUUAUAUGACCUGUUGUGGUCGAAAAUUUCAACUACGCAAAACACUAGCCGAACACAUUUACGUACAUUGGAAUCCAGAGCAUUUUAAAUGUAGUGUAUGCAGCAAAAUAUUUCAAGACUCACGUUCUUUGGAAAUACAUGAGCUUGCACACACCAACCCUACAGAACAAAAAGAACGGAAGCUAUUCCAUUGUGACAAAUGUCCUAAGGCAUUCACAACAAAAGCAGCCUUCGAAUAUCACUCGUUUUCCAAGCAUGUUCCCAAAUCGGAAUUUAAAUUUUCAUGUCCUGAAUGCAAUAAAAAAUUACCAACUGAACGUAAAUUGAAAGAUCAUAUAAAGUACAUGCAUGAUCCAGAGAGUGCUAUUAUAUGUGAUAAAUGUGGCAAACAAAUGCGUAGCCAAUCAAAUCUUAAAAAACAUCACGAAAUUGAACACUCAGAUGUACCACGUCCUGCUCCAGUACCUAUGCAAUGUGAAAUUUGUGGUACAUGGCUACGUCAUAUAGCCGGUCUCAAGCAGCAUAUGAAGACAAUACAUGAAGAUAGUGGAGGAGAACAUCGCUGCCAUAUAUGCAACAAGGUUUCCACAAAUGCACGCGCACUUAAGCGGCACAUAUAUCACAAUCACGAGUGUGAACGUAAAUUUAAAUGUACAAUGUGUGAAAAAGCUUUCAAGCGGCCACAGGAUCUAAGAGAGCAUACAUCGACUCAUACUGGGGAAGUUUUAUAUACAUGUCCAAAUUGUCCGAUGACUUUCUUUUCUAAUGCAAAUAUGUAUAAACAUCGUCAACGUUUACAUCGUGCUGAAUGGGAAGCUGACAAGAAAAAACCAGUACCGCCAAAUAUAAUGCAACAGGCUGUCGGGGCAACGGCUGCAAUGAAAAUGCAACAGGCUUCCUUAAUUUUGCAUCCAAACUUUAUGCAAACAGUGCACAACGAUUAAGUUAGAAUUAUUUACUUUCUACAAGUAAAAAUUAGAGCAUUAAGUUAAAUUAUAAGAAUUGUAUAAACAUAAUUAAUUUUUAAAAUAAUAUAAAU